AAACGACUCUUGCUGACAGAGUUUUACGUUGUAUUACAAAAUUUUUGGUUAAGUAUAGGGUAUAGUGUUAGAAUUGAAAGAGUUACUGCGCAUGUGCGAGACUCCCCACUCCGCGCUGCUCCGAUCUGUCUUCAGGCACGCGAGCGCUCCGGUUCAUUGUCGCUCUCAAUACAGCAGAGGCUUCGGAUUGCUAACAGCAAGAAACGUAGAAGAUAUGUCGUGCGACGCGUGUGGCGCUGCGCUAGUGAAAAAAUACAAAAAGAAUUAAAAAGUUAUUGCGACAAUACUAGUCUGCAUGGUUUUCGAUACAUAACAGCAUACGAAUCGAAUUUUCUUGAGAGACUUAUAUGGCUUGCGGUGUGUCUUUUGGGUUUUGUUCUCAGCGUAAUCCUUAUGUUGCUCGUGUGGCAGAGGUUCACGAAGACUCCCACAGUGACGACCAUUGAUACAACCACAAGUCCUAUUCGUAGUCUGUCAUUUCCCUCAGUGACGAUCUGCAAUUACAAUAAGAUUUAUAAACCUGAGGCGGACAAACUUGCAGAAGAAUUGUCGCGUCACGGAUUAAAUGUGACGGAAAUUGAACAUUUCUUUACAUCCUUACCAACAUUAGUGAAGCCUGAAUACAUUACAGCGAACUACAUGCCAGCUCUGAAACUGAUCAGAUCACUUGGGAUAACAAUUGACGAUUUGAUGCACAGGCUGAUGCAACCAUGUGACAAACUUUUAGUCAAGUGUGCCUGGCUGGGACGUUCAUACGAUUGUCAAAAAUUAUUCAAAACAGUCAAAUCCAUUGAGGGUCUAUGCUGCUCGUUUAAUUAUCACGCCACGGUCACGAAUUCGAACGUGACUCUGAGCGUAACGUCUUUACAAGUAGAUGCAGCUAAUUACAGUACUUAUGAAUCGACCACAACAACCAGUACAACCGAGUGGUAUCCGGGAGUGAACGAAAUCCAGACGGUACCCGGUGCCGGAAGAGACGUUGGACUCAGUGUUGUACUCGACAUGGAAGGGAGUACAUAUGCAGGGGCCGUGAGGUCCUAUGUAGGGGCAUCUAUACUCAUUCAUGAUCCUGUGGAUUAUCCAGAUGUCGAUUUGCAAACGGCUGUGACGCAACCAUCACAGGAAACUGCCAUAAUACUUUCUGCUUCGAUAAUUGAAAGUAUGGAUAAUGUGAGGAAUCUUGACCUUAGCAGGCGCAAUUGCUGGUUCGAGGAUGAGACCACACUGAAGUUUACUAUGGCGUAUACUUAUCAGUCGUGCGUUGCGCAAUGCAGAAUUGAACAUAUUAUAAAUCUCUGUAAUUGCAUACCGUUUUACUAUCCAACAAUAUUUAAAAAUGUAAGAACAUGCGACCUCACUGACGUUCGCUGCAUGAGAACCUACAGAAGUAAGAAUAUUAUGAAUAUCACUAACAUUAUUUCUGUAUGGAGACACGGAAUUUUAUUGAUAGUACCUUAUAUGUUUUUGUAUAUAAAAAAAGGAAUCCUAUCCAGUUUGCAAACACCGAUAGACACGGAAAAUACUAAUAGAACCUUCGCCAAGGCUGAAUGCUCCUGUUUACCACAAUGCAGUGAUAAGUCCUAUACAGUCCGCACGGAGACUGCAACACUGGCAUCGUUUAAUCAUGCUGCUCCUAUUUUGGAGAAUCUAGACACGAGGAAUCUUUCUCUGGUCUACGUUUACUUCCGCGAUAUCACCUGCCUGAAAUAUCGUCGUGAGAUUCUCAUGAGCUGGGAUAAUUUAUUGGCAUCCUUCGGCGGGAUCUUUGGCUUGUGCCUGGGAGGCUCUUUUGUAAGUCUUGUCGAGAUUCUUUAUUACUUUACGGUAAAGAUAUUUCACAGGAGUCUAGAACCCACAAGACCCGUACCGACCAAGCAUCUGGUUCUCGCAAGGAAAUCUUUUGGAAGAGUUAUCGACCGUUCCGGUACUCUAAAACAGAGUAAACUGGAAAAUCUUGGCCUCUUUAGAGAAAAUAUGUAUAUGCGUCGAGGUCAAUUAGAUUCAACAAUGAGAUUUAAUUUGCCGCGUGUACUAAAGAAACAAUCGAAACUGAUCGAGAAUCGAAUAGUUUCAAGAUUACCUGAAGAUAGCGCCACGUGCAAUUGUCUGGCAAGUGCUGCCCCCUUCAACGGCAAUCCUCUCUACUAAAUUUUACAUUUAACAUACACUUCCAAAUCGGGGCUAGCAGCUAUCUGGUUGUUUCUCUACACGCAAAUAGCCAUGAGCCUGUCUCUCUUAUUCCCACAGAAAGAGAAUAGGAAAAUUAUGAAAUUCAAAAAGCUUGAUAAAUAAAAAAAUUCCUUAGAACCUACGCGCACAUACAAGCGUACUUAUGUAUCAGCUAAUAAACAGUUGUAAAAUU